GCAGAGUAAGCACAGCAGAUUCAGCAACCUUUGCAUGGCGUGAGACCGCAAUGAUGCAAGAUGCAGAAGAAGUGCUUCGUGCCAUCGAAGAGAAGAAGGUUGAGGUGCGCUUGGCUCAAGCCGAAGCCCAACGUGAACGGCAUCAGCUGGAGCUGGAGUGGCAACGGCUUCAGUGGCAACAGGAAGCGCUCCUUCAGGAGAGGCGGGCUGUGCAGAAGCUGAAAGCGAACUUGGAGGCCAAGUAUGCCGUUUGCGAGGUGGAGUACCACGGGCACCAGGUGCGCGGCAAACGCCGGGCAGGGCCUGCUUGCUUGGGCGAUGACUCCAGCGGUCCAAGCUGGUCGUUUCUCUCUGUCUUGACAGAUGGAGGUUCCUGGUUCGAGAGCUGCUCCUGCCCUGGCUCCAAAUCCAGGGAGGCCGCAACCAGUGGCCGACCGGAGGUGGGGACCGCGCUGCCCUUGGCAAUGCCAGAGGAGCUUCAACUCACGAUAGCGUCUCCAUCUGGCAGGUUGAAGACCGCCCCAUGCCACGCACCGAGCAACGCGCCUCCAUGAGCUGCAAGAUUCACAAGAGCCGCGCUUGCGAAAGGUUGAAGUUUGCUUCACAACCAGCGAUGAACUUGAGUCUUUACAGACUCUGCAGGCCAUUGCAGGAGUUUGUUUGAGUUUGAUUGAGUGAGGCGAGCUUCCCUCUAUCCAAGAGCACGCCUUGCUGGAGGAUGAGUUCAGACUGAGCCGCACCUUGUCCAGUGCACGUCGCGGUGGGGCUUGAGCCUCUCAGCAGGUUUGUCCCAAGCAAGCAGUUCAUGU